AUGCCAACGCAGCGAAAGUUAACAACUGCUAAGCGACAGCAUGCGAGAAAUCCUCGUCCGCGACCUGCUCUAUCUGACGUCACCAACGACACGUCAGCCGAGCUCACUACAUCCAGCAAGCCUACCCCGCCUUCGCUGGUAAACGCGGCCGUGCUUCCAUCGAAGCCACCCGUCGUGCCUGCUGAUCCCUGCACUCCUGCACCUUUGACUUCGAAAGGAUCGCGACUGAUCGACGGUGCACAUGACGACGGUGCUGACGCUCUCCGGAGCGAAGUUUCAAAGCUGCUGCUCUCGACGCCGUGCCAGGAGGAGACCCCCGAGAUUGUCGCGAAGAGCCGGUCGAAGCUGACGAGGCAGAGCAGCACGCCGGGUUGGAAUGGCGACAGCCCGUGCAUUCAAGCGACGCUGACGAGGCAAAAUACCAUCGCGCGCUGCUACAGCAUCCAGGAACCAAUUUCCGCGGCGUAUGGCGACGCCGUUGGCGACGACGGCGUCAGUGGCAAUGGUUUCGCGCACCUCGACCUGUGCGACCCGUGCGACCGCACUCCGCAGGCCGUGGCUCCUCUCCGUCGUCGCAGGGCGGCUGUUCUUGCUUCGCCUACCGUCAUGACCGCCGUUAAGGGCGCGGCGACGUUGACGCCAUCGCUAAGCCUCUACGCCGCGCCCACGCCGCACAACUCCCCCGAAGAAGCCCCCGCUCCGGCUCCCGCGCUCGUCCGUUGCGCCACCUCGCCCAUCCCGCGCGCUAGGUUCCCCAUUCCCCGCUCCACGUCGACGAUCGGCGGUGUGGCGGGUUCUGCAGGGGAAAUGUUGGCGGAAGGCGGAACGGCGAGGCGAACCCGCGCCAAGUGGCAGGUUGGCGGGAAGAUCGGCGCUGUGCUGGGGAAGGAUCCCGCGGGACUGCUAGCCGCUAUUAAUGCUAUUCGCGAGCAGCAUCGUGGCUCUCAGCAACGUCAUGACGAUUCUCCCGCUGAAGGCGGCUCCGUAACAAUGACCCGCCGCCUCCGCUCCUCACUCGCCUCCCAGCUCUCCUCCCCCGCGCUUCCCGCGGGCAUCCCCCCGGCGAACCGUCGCGCCCCUAACUCCGCCGCCCCUGGAACGGUAGGGCCGCGCGUGCUGCGCCCUCGAUCCCCCUCCCCCUUGCGCCGGGCGCGCAGCCCUCGGGCGCUCUCUUCCCCCGCCCCUGACCACGGCGUGCCGCCGGUUUCUCGCUAUCAGGAUGAGAUCCCAGACGCAGCUGACCAGCAGGUAGAUCACGCUUUUAAUGCUCAUGAAACUGCUGCUGGUGCUCCCUUCAUGCAUCUCGACCCCUCUGCGACGGGUCUGUCGCUCGUCGCAGAGGUCGCAGCGUUCCUCGUGCGACUAGACGACGCUAAUUUGGCGUCGUCAUCUUCGUCGUCGUCGUCGUCGUCGCAGGCUUCGAAGAGCUUUGAAAACGAUUACGACGGCGACGCGGCGCGGCUAGAAGUUACGCGGGAAGUGCGCGAACAGCUCGAGGCCGCCUGGAAUCUCAGUCCCAGUGACGCUGGGCGGGGCAACAGGCGGAAACUUGUCAAGGGGCGGCGGUUUUUGUCCGCUUCUGCGACGAAGCUGCCAGCAGGGGGGAUGGCGGAGGGGGAAGCAGAUGUGGGUGGAAACAUGGCGGAAAUGGAUCCUGCCGCGCGGAGGCGGGCGAUGCGGAGGAGGUUGCGCGCAGCCGCGCUCGCGAUGGGCCUUCGGAUGAGCGGAAACGCGCUGGGAAUGGCGGAAGAUGGGGAGGCGGAAGCGGAACUGGACGCGGAAGCGGAACUGGACGCGGAAGCGGAAGCCGCUUCAGCUUCUCCGCGCGUAAGGAGAAGUGGCGGAGGCGGAAGAGCUUCCGCGGGCGGGGGAGCGGCUGGGGGGGACGCGAUGAGCGAGGAGGAGGUGGAUGCGCUGAUUCGUGACUAUGGCGGGGGUGAUACAGCGAUGAACGUUGAUUGGACGCAGCCACGCUCGUUGCUACCGGCGAAAGAGGAGCUUCGACUGGCGGAGCUGAUACAGCGCGGGAACGAGCUGGAGGAGCGAGCUAAGAUCGCGGCAGCCUCUGCCAGGCCUGCGGGUUCUGCAGCCCUAGCAGCAACAGCCUCAGCAGGUCGUGAGGUGAAUGCAGCUCCUGAGGCUGCUGAAGCAUUCGCAGAUGGGCGUGGGGAUGGGGAAGCAGACGGAUAUGCAGAUGCAGAUGCAGAUGCAGAUGCAGAUGAGAGCAUCGCACGUUCGGAAGAGCAGCAGCAGCGGCAGCAGCAGCAGAGGCAUGUGCUGUCGCAUUUGGAAUGGGCAGCGCUAUGCAACCUGACUCCCAAGCAGCUGCACCGACAGCUGCUCGCCGCCCAGGCCGCACGAACCAAGCUCGUUCUGCACAACCUGCGCCUCGUGCUCUCAAUCGCCCACUCCUUCCGCCUCUCCACGGGAGCCGACUUCAUCGCUGUCUGCCAGCGCGGCCUAGAGGGUCUCACCACUGCUGCCCGGCGCUUUGACCCCGCCAGGAAGCUGCGCUUCUCCACCUUUGCAACUCAUGCAGUCCGCACGGCCAUCAUCCGUGCCAUCCCCUCUACCCAAUUCGUCCGCAUGCCUGCCAGGAGCUCCAUGACCCUCAUUUCAGUGCGCAAGGCAAGAGCAGCAGUGGAGAACCGACUAGGUCGUAAGGCCACUGUAGCAGAGGUGGCAGCAGAGGCAGGCCUGUCUGCCGCCCAGUGCCGAGCCGCCCUUGCCACCCCUCUCGUCACCCGCCCCGUCUCCCUGCACUCGGCGUCUCCGGUCACUGGGCUUGCACUGGAGGACACUAUAGCGAGUACGGAUGGUGGCGAGGGUGGUUUGGUUGCUACCGGUCCUGCUACUACUGGUGCUGCACUUGCUGCAUCUGCUGCUGCAUCUGCUGCAACUGCUGCUGCUGGUGCUGUUGAUGGCGGCAGUGGUAGUGGUGCCAGCGCUGGUGAUAGCAGCGUGGGGAGAAGCAUGGGCGUGCAGGGAGGCGCAUUGGGCCACACACGAGCAGCCCUUGUUGCCGUGCUUGAUACAUUACAUCCACACGAGGCCACCGUGCUGAGGUGGCGCUUUGGGCUGGGCGGCAAGGACGGCGAGGGCGUGGGGGAGGUCCUAACCCUUCGGCGGAUAGCAGCCAAGAUGGGUCUGUCGUAUGAGAUGGUUCGGCGGUAUGAGGCACGGGGGCUGCUGAAGCUGCAGCGGCUUCCGCUCCUGGUGGGAAGCGUGGUGGUGGCAGGGGCGGCAAGGGUGGCAGGGGUGGCGGAGGUGGCGGUGGAGGGAGCGGUGGUGGAGGCGGCGGGGGUGGUGGAGGUGGUGGGGGUGGACGUGGGGGUGGAGGCGGUGGGUGGGGUGGCGGCAGGACCGGGGGCGGUGGAGGCGGCGGCGGCGGUGGUGGGGGAGGAGGCAGCGGCAGUGGCGGUGGAGGCUUAG